AGAUGUCAAUGAGAUGGUUGCCGGGGGUCCAAUCUACUUCUUCCAACAUGACGAGUCUCCGUUUGUUCGGAGACAACGAAAAUCUCUAGCUCUCGUCGAAUCCUUGGAAGAAGAAGCAUCCCUCACAAAACAAGACUCUGCCAAGAGCAAGCUAGAAAAAGAAACUGUAGAUGAAACAAAGACGAGACCCGGGACCACUCCGGGGACGGAGGCGAAGGAGUCGCGCAUGUCAAACUACAAUCACGAGCUUGUGUCCCGUAUUGAGGAGGAUGCCAGGUUGUUUCUGCAAGAUGGCACCUCACUCACCAGCACUACUCCCAGCUUGCACAAGUUUCUGCCUCUCUUGAAACAAGCUAUCUUAACAUUCGACAUGAUUGAUCCCAGUCCUGUGGAGAAGAUUACUUUACAUGAGAAAUUCCAGAUAUUGAAGGCUCAGUCAGGUGAUCUAUUUGAGGAUCUAACUAGAACUCUAGAGUUCCUGUCCAAGGAGAACUAUGCCAUCUCCCCUGACAUGAUCCCUAGUGAAUCACGUGAGGUGUUCCUCUCCAACUUCUACAAACUCACCGCCGACACGGAGGUCGAGUACCGAGAGUGGCAGCGCGGUUCACCGCCCCAAAACGCCCGGGACGCAACCACCGGCAAACUCAACUCCCAAGUCUCGGAACUGACUCAGUCCUUCGAUGGCUCAAGAAGCGGAAAAUCUCGGCGGCAAAAGACAUUGUUCUCCGGAGGGGAGACCGACGGUGGAACCAGCAGUCGCUCAAACGAGGGAACUAUUUACGGGGGGAUAAAGAGCGCGCGGAGAGAGUCAGCGCGGCGAAGGAACAUGUUAUCUGAUCAGAGUGAUAUUAUCGAGGAUCUGUAUCUAGAAAACAACCAGCAGUCUGAUGCUGGCAGCCGUAUGGGUAAAGAAAAGUCCGGGAUGAGACGAAAAGAAAUGGAAAAUUUGUAUGAAAUACAACCACACAACACAACUAUUAACUUCUCUCUCAUCAACCAGAACUGUGCUGCUAAAGGCUGGAUUAUAAACCAAGGAGACGGCGCUAAAGACAGAUCACUGGUGAAGUAUCUGCUGGAACGGCUUCAGAAGUGCAAGAUGAACAAGACCGCUGAGGUUAAGAAAGAUAACCAGGAGAAGUAUCCGUCACUCCUAAAAUAUUAUUCUGAGUUUGAGAGUGAUCCGUAUAAGAGUAGGAGACCGUUCAGCUGGUCGGGGAGACACAAAGUUGGUUUUGUAACUGAGGUUCCACAAGACAUGACCUCUCAGUUGCUGUUCGCAUUUCCUGACGGGAGCACCACGCUUUACUAUCCUAAUGGGAGUGUUUGUUGCGUCCUGUCAAACUUUCCUCUUCCAAAAGAGCAAGAUUUCACCAGAACGAUCAACAUCUUUCACCAUCUCCAAGCGGAAUUUAUCGUAGCUUCCUUCAAUCCCUCUGGUGUAGGCAGUUGUUGGUAUAAUCAGAAAACUCCUGCAUUCCUCUCCACUAUCUUAGGUGGAUGUGUCUACAACGAAGAAGGAGUUCCUUGUAAAUCAUGGUCUUGGAACAGUGUUGACACUGAAGACUUCUUGUUGACAAUUAACGAUUUUCUAACCUUGUUCUUCACCUCAACUGGAGAGGUUUACCUGCACCUCCAACUGUCUGACGAGUGCGUGUUUAUCAACGUUAAAACCGUCAAAGUUCCGAUAGAGGACACAGUACAGUCUCCUGUGUUAAUGUCAAGUGUUGCGUUCAGAUCAGUGACUGCUCAGACCAUCCUGAACGCUCCUAAAACAAGGAACAGAAGACGACUCAGGCAGAAACGAAUCAGCUCAACACGUGUUACAGACGAUUCGGAGACCGAGGAAUUGUUGUAUCCUCACAAACAUUCCAUAGCUGAUCCCACUGAUAGAUAUCUCAUCAAUACAUCUAAGAAAAUCGUAAAGACUGUGGACGAGUUUCUGCUGAAUUUCAGACAAGAGCUUUCUCUAGGAAGAGCAAGUUCAAGGAACAGCAGGGCCUUGUCUGCUGCUUCUAAAGCUUCCAAAGGAGCCACUGAUUCUGAAGCAACUCUCCUCAAGCUGCCAGCUGGUUUCAAGACCAUAUCAGGAGGCUGCAAGAAGAAGACCUGUGUCACGAUCAAUUUGAACAGUUCACCCUUCCUGGUCUUUCCUGAGAGAAAAGAUCCAAAGAAGAAGAGUUGGAAGACGAGAGGUUCUUCAGCGUGCAGCAGGAUUAAGUCUCCGAGGAAGAGGCUCACGCUGACAUGCCCUCUAGCAAUGAGGAUCUACCUGGCUACCAACGAGGAAAUGAUGUGUAAGUGUGACUGGAGAGUGAUGCCCCAGAUUACAGAUAUGGAGUUUGAUCGUGUCAUCUCGGAGUGUUCCCAACAACUGGUUGUAAUAUCAGUAUAUUCUAGUUUCCAUCCCGAGGCUACUCCUUGUGAUGCUAUGAUGGAGGAGAUAUCCUACGGUAUCAAUUACAGUCGAUCCCAGCCGUGUGUGCAGGCGGUACAAGACAAAUACCGGCUCGUAAAAUACGACAUGUCCACCAACAAACUACUGAAGAACAGACACAACGUCAUACCUGGAAUGUUUCUUAUCUACUGUAAAACAAGGCUGGUGUUCGCUGAUCUGGUCUUCAACGGUUAUGGUAACGCUAAGAAGGAUUUUAUGAAACAGGUGUACAAAUGCGGUAGACUGGCGGAACAAGAGAAGUUCUUGCCUCACGACUUCAAGUUUACUGGUAUGAGAAGUUGGGAUGAAGCUGAUGAAACAGUCCGACAGAUCCUGACCCUACAGUUCGGUAAGACAAGCGGUUGGAUAGCACCGAAACUCACUCCGCUAACCCGGAAAGAAGACGUUUCACUUAUCGGAUGGUGAACUAGAUCUUCCACUUAUAGACUCGUUCUAGAUCAGAUCUUAUCUAAAUUUCAGAAUUGAGAUAUCAUCUACUUUACUCAGAUUUACAUAUUGAAUCAAAUUCUAUUCAGAUUAGAGCAUGAUAAUUUAUUUAUUUGCAGAUUCACGUUUUAUACAUAUUAAGUAUUUAGAUUGUUUUAAAGUGUAAAUAGUAUUGUAAAAACUUUCUAGAUCAUAAAUGUAAGGGCUGUAAAUUAUUUAAACCUAAUUUGGUAAUCAUUUGUGUUGUUAUAGUUUAGUCUAACAUUUAUAAUUCGGCCUUACUUAUAUGGCAAUUCCGUACAAAGAACGCUAAAUCGGAAAUGUAAAAAGAUGCUAUACAGAAGAGUUUAAAAUUGCUUUAAAAAAUAUUACGACGUACUUUAUUUGAAUUCAAUCUCUAGGCAAGAGUCAAUAAUUUCAUUAUGCUGGGUGAAACAGAAAUUAUGAGCUUUCAUUAAAACUUAUUACUUAUAUAACUUAAUUUCAUUGGUUUUGUGGAUAGGUUCAUGUACAUAAGUUAAGUAUUGUUUAUUGGAUUUAUGCGAUCAUUAAUUAGAGUCAGUUGCCAUUAUUUAUCGUUUUAUACCGA